AUGCAAUCUAAUUUAUACAAUGACGAUAGUAAAUUUUAUAAGAAAGCCGCGAAAUACUGGGCUACUGUACCGGCGACAAUAGACGGAGUACUCGGAGGCUACGGCUAUAUUUCGGGCAUUGACAUCGACGGAUCUAAAGUAUUUUUAAACCACAUACUAUCUCUAGUUAAUCCACCGAACACAAAACUGGCCUUGGAUUGCGGAGCCGGUAUCGGAAGAGUGAGCAGAAAUCUUUUAAUGCCUUAUUUCCUGAAGGUCGAUUUAGUGGAACAAGACGAAAAGUUCAUUAACACCGCGAAAGAAUUGAUCGGUGAAUACAACACUAAAUUAGGUACACUCUACCAAAUCGGUCUCCAUCAUUUCAAGCCACAAAAACAAUAUGACGUGAUCUGGUGCCAGUGGGUCUUAGGGCAUUUGAGCGAUUACGAUUUAAUAAACUUUUUGGAGCGGUGUAGCAACAAUCUAGCAAGACACGGCGUCAUUGUUGUAAAAGAGAACAUAUCUCCAUCAGACGAAGUCGAAUAUGACGAAGACGAUUCGUCAGUGACACGCCCUUACAGAUCAAUGUUAAACAUAUUCGAUGAAGCGAAUCUUUCUUUAAUAAAAAGUGAUUUACAAACUGGUUUCCCGGACGGUUUGUAUCCCGUUCAUAUGUUUGCACUUACACCAUUAAAGUAGUUGGUAAAAUAUAAAAUACAUCCGUUAUUGCUCUGAAUUUAACGAUAUUACUUAACAGUACAUAAUUAUUCGACACGGAAAUCGAUAGGUGAUCAAUCAAACUUUUUACGAACAUAACAGACAAACUCACUUAAGUGCAAACACAUUUAUUAGGCAUGUAUUCAGAUGUUAUGCAGGAGAGCAGCGUUAUGAAUUUAAGACAGUUGAAUUACUACACACAAAUAAAUAUGACAAUAGGCGUAACGAAAUAGUACAUAAAUUAAUGCAAUGAACAGUUUCACGUGCGUUUAUGUAUGUAUUGUCUUUUUGUGUAUGUGUGAGU